GACGCUUAGUUUUAGCGCCAGCACGGUGGAUCUGUACUUAAAAUAGGACAUCUUCGCCUCUGCUGGUGCUGGUUUGUGGAAGAAAGGCAGAGAGGGAAGAUGUCUGUAAACUACAAGACGUCCUGUGAAAAUGGUUUCAUUUUAUUUUCAAAUUAUUCUGGCACCUUGUCGUUGGCAACAUUACCUCUGGGCAUAUUCUGAAAUGGCAAGGCUGUCUUCAGACGGGCAGACUGGGAUUCUGUCUCUGGACUGAGGGUGACGCCUGCAGUUGUCAGGAGAAUGGAGGACGCCCUCGAGCUCCGGACGGACGGGAACUCCCUCCUGAAGGCAGUAUGGCUGCGUCGUCUGCGCCUGACCAGGUUGCUCCUGGAGGGCGGUGCCUACAUCAACGAGAGCAACGAGCGCGGGGAGACGCCCCUCAUGAUCGCCUGCAUGUCCAAGCACUCCGACCAGCAGAGCGUCAGCAAGGCCAAGCUGGUCAAGUACCUGCUGGAGAACAACGCCGACCCCAACAUCCAGGACAAGGAAGGCAGGACGGCGCUGAUGCACGCCUGCAGUCACAAGGCCGGCCACGAGGUGGCGUCGCUGUUGCUGUCCAACGGGGCCGACCCCAGCCUGGAGGACCACGGUGGGGCCUCGGCCCUGGUCCACGCUAUCAACGCGGACGACAAGGACACCCUCAAGCUGCUGCUGGACACCUGCAAGGCCAAGGGCAAGGAGGUUAUUAUCAUAACCACGGACAAGUCGGCCUCCGGGGCCAAAACCACGAAGCAGUACCUGAAUGUCCCGCCAUCUCCCGAGCUGGAGGACAGAUAUUCCCCCGCGCUGUGCACCUCCCCCUCCGACAUCGACCUCAAGACGUCUCCGUCUCCCAGCAACGACAAGCAGCGUGACACCAUCUUCAGCUUUCAGACCAAGCGGGUGACAGCGGGCGUGGCCUGCCCGGGCAUCCCUGUGGUCAAGCCCCCCAGUGAGCCGACAGCUAACCCCAAGCGGGCCCGUCUGCCCCAGCUGAAACGCCUGCAGUCAGAGCCCUGGGGCCUGAUCGCCCCCUCCGUCCUUGCAGCCGCCGCCGCCGCCGAGGAGGGCAAGAGGGCAAGCUCCAACGAGGACGUUGUCGCGGGCGUCAACGGCUUGUCUCUGUCCAGGAGGGCACCCCUGUCCCGGCACAACAGCGUGGAGGCCAAAGACGGCUCCUUCCCCUCAGUCGGGGAGCCGAACUCCGUGUCCACAAUCUCCGCCCCCACGUCUCGGAAGCCGUCGUACGAGAAGUCCCUGCCGCAGCACCAGCCGCUGGCCAGACGCUGCACCGUCCCUGCUGACCAGGAGAGCAGCGGAGGCAUCUGUGGGCCCGCCGGCCUGAGGGACACGGUGUACCGGAGGCGCCUGGGAAAUGAGCACUAUGACUCGGACUCGCAGCUCUACUCUGACUCAGCCAUGCUGGACUCGCCCAAGGUGCCGCUGGAGAGACGCAAGCACAACGCCUCCCCCCUCGCCCUGCUCACGGGAUCCCGGGAGUCCCUGGACAGCAACGCCAGCACGUCCCCAGGCGCGGCCCGCCGUCGGGCCCCGGGGCUCCUGGAGAGGCGGGGCUCCGGGACCCUGCUCUUGGACCACAUCUCCCAUACGCGGCCGGGCCACCUGCCCCCCCUCAAUAUCAACCCUAACCCCCCCAUCCCUGACAUCGGAGCCAGCAGCAAGCCCUCCUCCCCCCUCACCACCUGCCUCAGGUCGCUCGCCCCUGUAGCGCCCAGCUCGCCAAAGAGAGGCUUCCCCAAGCCGAAGAAGAAACUGAUAAGGAGGCACUCUAUGCAAGUGGAGCAGAUGAAACAGCUCUCAGACUUCGAAGAGCUGGUGGCCAAUCAGUAAGGAGACCUGGUGGCUGUUUUCCUUUUGGAGUCGAUGUAGCUAUCUACCUUCAUACCACGAGAAAGCAUAAUUGUCCUCAAGCUAAAUCCACGUCCACGUGCAGCGUUGUUUGCCCGGUUCGAUGCUCAACAUCUUUUCAUGCUCAGGACACUGCAGGACCAGCAGUUGCUUGAAUGGAGCUUGUCUGCUGGAUAAUAAAAAGAGUAUGAGAGGCAGAGAUUGACAGCUUCCAGAGUGAUGGGAGAUGACACAGACCCUGACCAAUGGUUGAAGCACUCUGCUCACGAUGAGCCUUAUUUCAAACACUGGAACGUGGUCACAAAUGCACGUUGACCGGGUCUGAAGGCAGAAGUGGUAGUACAGAACUACGGGCACCCAGCUCACCCAAAAAGUGAACAGCACAGAGCCUGUGAAGCUUAGCCCUCACGAUUUGCCCAGCCGCUGUGAAUGAACACAUACAAACCACGUGUGGGUCCACCAGGAGCUGUCUGCGGCGUCUUCACAACUGCACAAUGAUUGUAUGAACACAGCCGACUCCAUCUCCUUCGUGGGCAUAAUCCGCAUGCAGAGGAGGAACAACAUGUGUUAGGAAAACACACACCGUUUGGGCGCGAGGCUGUGUACAUGAAUAAACUUAAGGCAACGGAGAAGACCCAAGAAAAGAAAGUAAUAUCAGAUAUCGAUUACUCCGCGACUCACAAGUUGGAACAAUCUGCCGUGUCGAGCCAGGGAUUAAGAGCAAGAGCGAAUGUCAUUUAGACAGAAUAAUAAUAUUGAUCCGUGGCUCAAGCGGUCAUAUUUUUGCAGUUCAAAAUCAAUGCAGAAAGAGGCUGUCUCAUCUGCGUUUGUCUGACAAAAAGCAAAAGCAAUGAUUCUCGCACGGAGCUAGAUUACAGCGGAAGGCGGAAGUGCACAAAGUAAUUUCAGUGAGUUCCAAAUAUGGAUUAAACACAGAACAUAAAGCAGAGGUGAACAGGAAAGACAGCAAAGAGACAAAAGUGGUGUUUCCCUCAGCAGUGAUCUAACGCUACUCCAGCUGCGCUGUCAAAACAGUGUAGCUCGCUACCAUUGAUUACUGAGUCAUGAUAAAGUAAGAAUCGUGUAACAUUUCAUUACCAACUCAGCACAUUCAAAUAAUACAGUGACAGAAACACUUGUCGUGUUAUGUUUCAAAUCAUGAACAAAACACUUGUGAAACAUCAAUUGAAUACUUUAUGAACACCAAUGAAUAAUGUAGAACACGCUAAAACAUGGCCAAUAGCAAGAAAAAGACUUUAUAGGAGUCAUGUGCUUUCUUCUCGUCAUACAGUGUAACCUCCUGAGGAAUAGGUUUACCUGCUCCCUUGUGU